CUUCUAACCGGUGCAAUGGCGGACGGGACACUAUACACAUACCCGAACAACUUUCGUGCAUACAAGGCACUCAUUGCCUCAAAGUACAGUGGGGCGAAUGUGAAAGUUGCAACAGAUUUCAAGUUUGGAGAAACCAACAAGACCAAGGACUUUUUAGCUAAAUUUCCUCUUGGAAAGGUUCCGGCUUUUCUGUCCAGUUCUGGGGAAGCUAUUUUUGAGAGCAAUGCUAUUGCUUACUAUGUGUCUAACCAGCAACUGAUUGGGUCAUCACAGUGGGAGAAAACAACUGUCCUCCAGUGGCUUAACUUUGCUGAUAAUGAAAUCUUACCCGCCGUUUGCACUUGGGUUUUUCCUUGCCUUGGAGUCAUUCAGUUCAACAAGAAUGACACAGAGAAGGCAAAGAAGCAACUCCAGCUCGCCUUGUCUGUGUUGAACGAGUACCUGGGCACUCGUACCUUUCUUGUGGGAGAACGAAUCACGCUAGCAGAUAUAGCCUGUGUUUGUAAUCUGCUGCUGGCAUACCAGCAUGUGUUUGACCCACAGUUUAGGAAGCCUUAUGUCAAUGUGAACAGAUGGUUUGUCACACUCAUUAACCAGCCCAACUUCAAAGCUGUCAUAGGAAACUUCCAGCUGUGUACAAAGGCCGCACAGUUUGAUGCAAAUAAGUAUGCUGAACUGCAUGGACAACAGAAAAAGGAGGGCAAGAAAGAUGGAGGGAAAAAGGAUAAAGCUAAAUCAACGCCGAAGAAAAAGGAAAAGAAACCAGAGCCAGAAGAUGAAGAAGAUGACAUCCCUCUGGCCAAAGAGCCCAAAGAUCCAUUUGCAGAUUUGCCAAAAGGCACAUUUAAUAUGGACGAAUUCAAGAGAGAAUAUUCAAACAAGGACAUUGCAAAAGAAGCUAUUCCAUACCUGUGGAAAAAUUUUGAUGCUGAACAUUAUUCCUGGUGGAAAUGUGACUACAAAUAUAACGAUGAGCUGAAGAUGAUAUUUAUGAGUUGCAACCUUGUUGGAGGAAUGUUCCAGAGAAUAGAGAAAUUACGAAAAAAUGCUUUUGCAACAAUGUUGAUUUUUGGGGAGGACAACAACACUACCAUAUCUGGUGUCUGGAUGUUUAAAGGUCAAAAAUUAGGCUUUGAGCUGAGUGAAGACUGGCAGGUAGACUACGCCUAUUAUGAUUGGAGAAAGUUGGACCCCAGCAACCCAGAUGACAGACAGCUCAUCAAUGACUAUCUUCUGUGGGAGGGAAAGUUUGACGGAAACCCUCUGGAAGUAAACCAGGGGAAAACCUUUAAGUGAGGGACGUCUGGCCUGCUCCACCUAGUGGUGAAUGCCCUCGAUGUGAUAAAAAAGCUAUCCAAGGUGAUCGUAACUUUGAAGAGGUUUUGAAGGUUUAGAUGAAUUCUCUGCAGGUCAAAAUAAAGUGGUGUAACUUGUA